UUUAAUUUUUCCGAAUUCUCGUGCAGUGCGAGAUCGUAAUGACGUCAUAUUUGUUAUUAAUAAAGGGGAAUCCUAUAUUGAUCUGCUGUCAAAUAAUGAACCGAUUCGAUACUGUUCAAGCCUCUCUCAAGAGAAAAAAAUAUAGAAGUUACUCACCCACACAGCUUACAAACGCCUACAUAGAUGUGGUGGAAAAUAAGUUUUCAGUAUAUAAGGCAUCAAGGAAAUAUUCUAUUCCUGAGCAAACACUUAGAGACAGGGUUAAUGGUAAUGUAAAGAUAGAGACAACUAAAUCUGGACCAGACCCAUUGUUUAGUGAAGAAGAGGAGGCUAGGCUAGUGAAACAUAUUCAACAAAUUUCAGCUGUUGGGUAUGGUUACACUCGCGUUGAGGUCAUGAAUCUGGGCACAGAGUAUGCUAUUGCCUUAGGAAAGCGAGACCGGGAGCACCCACUUUCCCUCCAGUGGCUGAAUUCCUUCAUUGACAGGUGGCCUGAUUUAAAAGUAAGGCGCCCUAAAACAAUAUCAGAGCUACGAGCAAAAGCUACAUCACGGGAGAGCAUUGAAAAAUACUUCAAAGAACUUGAGAGCAUCCUUGACAAGUAUGAUUUACGAGACAAACCAGAAUGUAUCUACAAUGUUGAUGAAAAGGGAAUUCAACACAAUCACUCUCCUCCUUAUAUAGUCGCUUCAUCAGAUAGUGUUCCAUCUGUUAUCACAGCCGAGAAGUCGUCUACUGUUACAAUUCUGGGAUGUGGAAAUGCUCUUGGAUACCAGAUUCCACCAUUUUUUGUCUUUCCAGGAGCAAGAAUGAGAAGGGAGUUGAUGGAGGGUUGUUCAGUUGGAGCCGAAGGUACUGUCAGCAAGACAGGGUGGUCUAAUUCUGAAAUUUUUACCACAUACCUACAAAACCACUUUGUGCGAUUUGCGAAAGGAAGAGUUACUGACCAGAAGAUACUGCUUCUAUAUGAUGGUCAUCGAUCCCAUUUUUCGCCAGCUUUGAUUGAUUGGGCCAUAGACCAGGAUAUAAUUCUUUACGUACUACCACCACACACCAGCCAUAUACUUCAGCCAAUGGACGUUGGUUGUUUUGGUCCAUUCUCUAAAAUCUAUGGUAACGAAUGCCAUAAAUUUCAGAGAACCCAUGCUGGCAGUGUAAAUAAAUAUAAUAUUUGUAACCUGGCUUGUAAAGCUUACACCGCUGCCCUGUCGCCUAACAAUCUCAGAGGGGCUUUUCGAAGGACAGGAAUAUUCCCAUUUGACCCUUCAGUCGUUUCACUAGGCAAUGCAUUUUUGGCAUCGGACACUCGUAAAGAACUUGAAGUGAAUGAUGAUGAUCAGGCUCCAAAUAGCAUCGGCAGUGGAGAACAGGUACCGGUAGUUUGUGACACACAGGUUCUACCAGAUUGCCAGGAAAAUAGGAAUGUUGAGAUGACUCAGGAUAAAGAUUGCCUAGUUAUAGAGGACUUUCAGCACAAAGGCGUUCAGACUGAACCAAUUCACAUAUCAUCAGAAGAACCAAAAGAGUCAUUGUUGUCAUCUUUUUUUGAGAAGAAGAAACCAGUUUUUUUCACGAAGAGUAACAAACAGCGACGCUCAAUUAACAAAAUUGUGGGUGGAAAAGCAAUUACUGAGAACAGCGUUGCUAACCAGGUUAAAGACUAUGUAGCUACUGUGACAAAGCCUAAGACAACAAAGAAGCUUAAGUUUUCACCUCCAUUCAGACAUUCAGAUCAAGACAGGAGUGACAAAAGCCUUCCUUCAGAAUCAUCUGAUCCACCAGCAGCUUUAUCUGCAGAUCAGCCAGGCCCAUCUGGAAUACAUGUACAGCAAAACCGAUGCAGUCAUCGUGAACCAGAGUGUCUCUCUUCAGAUUCCGAAAUAGAGGAGAGUGAGAAAUGCUGUGUGUGCAAGUUAUUUGAACCCAAACAACUUCGUAGUUGUGUGUCUAUUGUCUUCACUAAAUGGGGAAAAUGCAUGUUCGACAAUUGCGACCACUGGGUGCACUUAGGGUUUUGCACAGAGGUCAGAGUUUUGAGGAGGCAUGACAUUUUCUAUUGCCCUUGCCAUGGUCUUCCGGCAAAAUCAGCCAUCAUUGAAUAAAAUUGAACAAAAACAUUACAUUGAUCACAAUAUAUAUUGUUGGUGUGAAUAAAUUUAUUUUAAAUUCUCAUUUCAUUUCAAUAAAUGUGUUCAAUGCAAUAACAUUAUUUUGCUCACAAUAUUAAUUAUUGCUACAAAUAAAUUUAUUUCCGAUUAUUCUGCCAAUAAAUGUAUUUAUUUUUUCAAUAAAUGUGAUAAUUUUGCCACUAUAACAUUUAUAUGUUUUUUACCCAAAUGGAUUACCAUAGAUUACUGAUUUCUAAAAUACCACGAAAACAUAUGACGUCAGCGAAAAUUGUGAUCCGGUGCAGUGCAAAACAAACGAUGGCCCUCUGAACUAAAAGCAAAUGAUAUGUGAGUUUUAAAAAAAUCAAAAUAAGGAGAAUAUCUGUUAAUAUCUGUAACAAAAAGCAACUGUAUCAAUUCUUCCAACUUAAAGCACUACAUGGUGCGUAACCGCUAAUACCACGAAAACUCAUGAUUCGAGGGUAAAUCA